AUGGGAUCUGCAUAUAAAAACAAAGGAAUAUAAUUAUGUUUAGAUGGUGUUUGUGAUUAUUUACCAAAUCCCUAAGAAAAAAUAAACAAGGGUUUUUUAAUAAAAGGUGAUAAAAAUGAAGAACCAAUAAUUUUUUAACCUGAUCCUAAGCUUCCUUUUGUAGGAUACGCAUUUAAAUUAGAGGAAAAUAAAUUUGGAUAGCUUACAUAUAUAAGGGUUUAUUAAGGAAAACUUAAAAAAGGUGAAUAUGUAUACAAUACCACUGUUAAGAAAAAAAUGAAAAUCUCUCGAAUGAUUAAAAUGCAUGCAAAUUAAAUGGAAGACAUCAACGAAGUCAGUCCUGGUGAAAUUUUCGCUAUUUUCGGAGUUGAUUGCGCUACUGGAGAUACUUUAUGUGACGGAGAUUUAUAAUUCUAGGCUAGAUGUAGUUCCAUGUUUGUACCAUAACCAGUUGUUUCUUUAUGUAUCAAACCAAAAGAUAAUAAAGCUAGUGUGAAAUUCAAUAAAGCUUUAAAGAAAUUCCAAAGAGAAGAUCCUACUUUUAGAGUUGGUAUUGAUAGAGAAAGUGAGGAAAUUAUAAUUUCGGGAAUGGGUGAAUUACAUCUUUAGAUUUACGCUGAAAGAAUGAAAAGAGAAUUCGAUUGUGAAGUCAUUGUUGGAAAUCCAACUGUCAAUUUCAGAGAAACUAUUACUUAAAAAGCAUAUUUUGAUUAUUUACAUAAAAAACAAAGUGGAGGUGCUGGCUAAUUUGCUAGAGUUAUAGGAUAUAUAGAACCUCUUAUAAAUCCUGAAGACCCUUAAGAUUAUUCUUGUCAAUUCUAAAAUAAGGUCACUGGAACAUCUAUUCCUAAUGAAUUUAUUACAGCUUGUGAAAAAGGAUUUUAUGAAGUUAUUGAAAAAGGACCUAAUACCGGAUAUCCAGUUAUUAAUAUAAAAUAUGUACUAGAAGAUGGAUAAACACAUGUUGUAGAUUCUUCGUCUAAUGCUUUUAUGAUUGCUACUAAAUAUGCUUUCUAAAAAGCCUUUGCUUCUGCUGGACCUGUUAUUUUGGAACCUAUAAUGAAUGUUGAAGUUACUUGUUCUGGUUCUGAAUAUUCAUAAGUUAUGGCUUCUAUUUCUAAAAGAAGAGGUUCUAUUACUAAUACAGAAUCUAGAGAUGAUAUUUUUGUACUAAAUGCUGAUUGUCCUUUAUAAUAAAUGUUUGGAUUUGCUACUGAAUUAAGAGGAUUAACUUCUGGACAAGGAGAAUUUUCAAUGGAAUAUAAAAACCAUGAAGCUGUUCCUCCUUAAGAAGCAGAAGAAAUCAGAAAAUAAUAUAUGUAAAGAAGAAAAGAAAAAGGGCAAGAUUGA